GCCAUAGUUCCGACAGCCCCUGAAGGCAGCAGUGUGCUUCAUAACAGUCAGUCAGGUUAAACCUCAGAGAGAUCUGUCUGUUCUGUCUGUUCUGUCUGUUCUGUCUGUUCUGUCUGCUGUUCUGUCUGUUGUCUGUUGUGUCUGUUACUAUCUGGAGCUGAGAGGAAGGAGACAUGGCUGCACUGUUCAAAGCGAGGAAAGCUCUCGGCUUGUGUUUCACCGGAUGUCGAAGUCUGUCGCAGCUGGCAGAGUUACCGGAGACUCAUCAGCUCCUGAGACAGACCUGCAGAGACUUCGCCGACAGAGAACUGAGCCCCAUCGCUGGCAAGCUGGACAAAGAGCACACCUACCCCGCCAAACAGAUCCAGGAGUUGGGGGCGAUGGGCGUGAUGGCCAUCGAGGUCCCAGAGGAGCUGGGUGGAGCUGGGAUGGACUACCUGGCGUACAGUCUGGCUAUGGAGGAAAUCAGCAGAGGCUGCGCCAGCACUGGAGUCGUGGUGUCUGUUAAUAAUUCUCUCUACAUCGGACCCGUAUUGAAGAACGGUACCGAAGAACAGAAGAAGCAGUGGAUCACACCGUUCACCACCGGGGAGAAGGUGGGCUGCUUCGCCCUCAGCGAGCCAGGUAAUGGCAGCGACGCGGGUGCAGCCUCCACGGUAGCUCGUCAGGAGGGAGACGAGUGGGUGCUGAACGGGACCAAAGCCUGGAUCACCAACAGUUGGGACGCCUCUGCCACCGUUGUGCUCGCCACCACGGACAAGAAGCUCAAACACAAGGGUAUCAGUGCCUUCCUGAUCCCCAUGCCACACCCGGGGCUCUCUCUGGGGAAGAAGGAGGACAAGCUGGGCAUCAGAGCCUCGUCCACAGCUAACAUCAUCCUGGAGGACUGCAGGAUACCACUGGACAACAUGCUGGGACCUCGUGGUGCCGGAUUCAAGAUCGCCAUGCAAACCCUGGACAGCGGCCGGAUCGGCAUCGCAGCUCAGGCUCUCGGUAUCGCUCAGGCUUCUCUGGACUGCGCCGCAGACUACGCACACAAACGCACCGCGUUCGGAGCCCCGAUCGGCAAGCUGCAGGCCAUACAGUUUAAACUGGCUGACAUGGCCGUGGCGGUAGAGAGCGCCCGUCUGCUCACCUGGAAGGCUUCACUUCUUCGAGAUGCAAAGAAACCCUUCACCAAGGAAGCCGCCAUGGCCAAACUAGCGGCGUCUGAAGCCGCCACCUUCUGCUCACAUCAGGCGAUCCAGGUUCUGGGCGGGAUGGGUUACGUGGCGGACAUGCCCGCCGAGAGGCACUACCGCGACGCUCGCAUUACAGAGAUCUACGAGGGCACCAGUGAGAUCCAGAGACUGGUUAUUGCCGGCCAGGUACUGAAGGAGUACCAAUCAUAGACACGCCUCUGUCGGUGCCUUGGGUGGAACAGUAUGGACAUAUAAUCCCAGAUCUGGAGUCCAGAUAAGUCCUUUUUAUGUGUCCAUUAACUCCAAGGGAAUACAGGAAUGACUUUAUUAUACUGUAAACUGAAUAACUCAUCUCUGCUGCCAUAAGAGGAUAUCAAGUUCACCGCCGGUUUAAAGGGUCAGUUCACUUCAA